GCUCCGCGGUGCUCGCGCCUGCUGGGCGCGGGGCGCAGGGCGCGGGCCGGGUGCUGCGCGGGGCUCGGAGGCGCCCGCGCCGGCCGCCGCUGUGGACAUGUCGGGUGCGCGUGCGGGCUUCUACCGGCAGGAGCUGAACAAGACCGUAUGGGAGGUGCCUCAGCGGCUGCAGGGCCUGCGUCCAGUGGGCUCCGGCGCCUACGGCUCCGUCUGCUCGGCCUACGACGCGCGGCUGCGCCAGAAGGUGGCGGUGAAGAAGCUGUCUCGCCCUUUCCAGUCACUGAUCCACGCGCGGAGGACAUACCGUGAGCUGAGGCUACUCAAACACCUGAAGCACGAGAACGUCAUAGGGCUUCUAGACGUCUUCACGCCGGCCACGUGCAUCGAGGAUUUCAGCGAAGUGUACCUGGUGACCACACUGAUGGGCGCCGACCUGAACAAUAUCGUCAAGUGUCAGGCACUGAGCGAUGAGCAUGUUCAGUUCCUCACCUACCAGCUGCUGCGCGGGCUGAAGUACAUCCACUCUGCAGGGAUCAUCCAUCGGGACCUGAAGCCCAGCAAUGUAGCUGUGAACGAGGACUGCGAGCUCAGGAUCCUGGACUUCGGGCUGGCCCGCCAGGCUGACGAAGAGAUGACUGGAUAUGUGGCUACACGCUGGUACAGGGCCCCAGAGAUCAUGCUGAACUGGAUGCACUACAACCAGACAGUGGACAUCUGGUCUGUAGGCUGCAUCAUGGCUGAGCUGCUUCAGGGAAAGGCUCUCUUUCCUGGAAAUGACUACAUUGACCAGCUGAAACGAAUCAUGGAGGUGGUGGGCACACCCAGCCCUGAGGUUCUGGCAAAGAUAUCCUCGGAGCACGCCCGGACAUACAUCCAGUCCCUGCCCCCCAUGCCCCAGAAGGACCUCAGCAGCAUCUUCCAUGGAGCUAACCCUCUGGCUGUCGACCUCCUUGGAAGGAUGCUGGUGCUGGACAGUGACCAGAGGGUCAGUGCAGCUGAGGCCUUGGCUCAUGCAUACUUCAGCCAGUACCAUGAUCCUGAUGAUGAGCCAGAGGCUGAGCCCUAUGAUGAAAGUGUUGAGGCCAAAGAGCGCACAGUGGAGGAGUGGAAGGAGCUUACUUACCAGGAAGUCCUUAGCUUCAAGCCCCCAGAGCCAACACAGUUACCUGGAACCUGUGAGAUUGAGCAGUGAGGCUUUGCCUCGGGGGUAGGGGUGGGGAGUUGAGCCUGACCGCUUUCCUCAGCUUGCCAGUUUUCCUCAAGAGGUUCCUCUCAGGCAGCCCUGACCCCUAACCCCGGAUCCCUUGCCUUGAGGGGAGUCUAUACAUGAAUGCACGAGUGUGUACAUGUGUGCUUGCCUGUGUUAGAGUCUGGACAGAACUGUCUCUGGGCCUACCUUGGUCCUCUCAGGUUCUCCUUGGGAUUUCUGUGUGGGAUCUGAAUGCCACAGGGGAAUAUGUUCCUGUCCAGAUUUCUUCUUGAGGACAGUAUAGGGUAGGAGGAGGGUGAAUGGGCCAGGGCCUCUGGCAACUCUGAGGUAGGGUCUCAGUAGUUAAAACUGCUUAAUAGUUGGAACUGCUUAGCCUGGAAGUCGGGGGCUGGCCUGGGAAUUGCUGAGGCUCAUGCAGGUCUGAGAGCUAAGUGAAGCAGGGCCAGUGCCCCACCUGAUUGGGUGGGGUUUCUGGGGUGUGUGGCAAGGUGGGCCCACCACCAGAUGUCUAAUCAGAACAACUGCCUGCAGCCUUGUGUUUACCUGUAGUGUGUGGGUAAAUGUGCAUGAAUGUGUACUCCUGGUGCACAUAGAUCAGGGUAUUUGUAGAUAUGUACUGGUGUGUAUGAAAUCUGUGGGCACUCAAGGGACAGCAGCCAUGUUUAGUAGGGCACCUUAGUUGGAGACACUCUAACCUCCUCUCCCAGUUUCUGUUGCCCAAGGGGUAUUGAACCUAGCUGUGGACCAGGCUAAGGCUCUGGGAUUUGCCAAGAUCCAUCAAUUUGAACAAAAGCUGGGGCUUUUCCCUUGAGUGCAGCAGCCUCCUGAGGCACAAGAACAAUGCCAGCUGGGAAGCUGAUGGAACAGAGGGGCUAUCUAGUUUUGAGGAUGCUAGGCGGACAGCACCCAUGGAUGUGAACUUGGACAUUUUUGCUUCUGGACCUUGGCCCAGAUUUGACAAACAUCUGUCUAUGCUCUACCUCCGUCCCCCCCUUUGCGGCUCUGCAGCUGAUCUGGGGUGCUCUGCUCUAUGGGUCAUCCCUCAUCUCCUUCUCCCAGAAAGCUAACUUCAAAGGCAGGACCCUGCUUGGAGACAUGUUGGGGGGUAUGGUUCCUCCCUGAAGAAGUGGUGACCUCUUGCCACCAGGAACCCAGGGAGGUCUAGAUGUCAAGUGCCUGCACCAGGGGUGCACAAUAAAGGGGGUUCCCUCUU